AUGACCAAGCGGCACGCGCAACAGUCCCGGACUUGCAAGCGCCUGAAGGCGGUGACGGCGGCAUUAUUUGACGUCGUUGCUUUCACCGUGGCCACCAUUCAGCCACGUGCACGGCCCUCUCCUCCACCAUCUCUCGACCUCACGUCAAGUGUCGUUACAUGCGAAGCGCACCUCCCGGAAAACCCGUCUUCAGACGUGUUGGUAUCACACCCUUCCGGCCAGCUUGCCCUUCCACUCACUGCGAUCCUCACUGCGAUCCUCACUCCCUGUUUUGGCUCGACUCCCCAUGCAGUCAACGCGGGCCAGUCCAGCCUGACCAGCCCAAAGCGAGACCCAUCAAACUCACCAUCUUUCCUGCUGUACAACUGGAUCGCGUCCGUCGUGAAUCCUGUAUCCCCCUUUAUGUACUCGCCGUUGACGCGAGGCGUGCUGAACCUGCCGUCCUGUCCCUUGAUUUCCAGCUUCCCCCCGCACCCGCGCCCUCACAUCGAUGGCGCACCCGCCGGCCAGUGCUCUUCAACCUCACCUGCAGUCCGCAAUACGAAUGCCCCAGCCGACGGACCAGUCAAAAAUGCCUCAGCCGACGCCUUUCUCUACCUGCAGCCAACCUGCGCAGAUCGUAUCUUCAUCCUGCAAAAUAGCUGCAAGCCUCACACGACUGCACUCUCCAUCUCCGUGAUUUUCGCACUGACCUCUUCCGAGAUCCGCCCUUCUGACAACAUGUACCUUUGUACUUCCCGCAUGCUAUUGGCUUCUUCCAGCCUAGACCCUCAUAUCGCCGGGCCUAUCGCUUAUAGAGGCAGAGUCGAGCAAUCUGUGGGCUCAUUACUAUUUGGCGGUCUGACUUACCACCGCUCAUCUUUAUCGAGACUGCCGUAUAACAACAAUCCUGCAAAUCGGUUGAUGUCCCUCCUCCCCUAUGUAAUAUCCAUCGAUGAUCGGGUGAACCCGUGGUGGAUCCAUUGGACACUAUUUCCAGGAACGGGCCACCAUAGUACUGGCAGAGCCAUUUUACGCAGCACAACUUCAUGUGUUCAUCUGUCAAUUCGCCAAACAAACCACCUAGGCGACAGCGCGCCGCGGUUUAUGUUGACAAAUUUAAAUACGGUAAUCGAGCCAAAGAAUCCCUCAUUCACUUACCAUGAUGAUCGCAAAAUAAUAUGGGCAUUUGGAAUCUCUAUGCAACGACCCUACACAACGCUUCAUUAUGAACUUUUAGGAACCUGUUGCUUCCCGCACCCUUAUCUCCUGACCUCCAUUCAAUCCCAUCUCGCUAUCACAGGAAUCACCCGACCCCAACGGCGAUGGAUUCGAGAACCCCUUUGUAAUUCCACGGAGCGGUACCAACCGACGUAUGCGAGCAACGCAUCCCCUAUCUCAAGCAGCAAAUCAUCAUUGGAUUUUUGUCUAUCACAUCAUCCUCGCCAUCACGGGGUAAUUCAGUCACACCACGACAUGUUUCUAGUUGCAUGUGAUUUAAAGGACACGUUCAGUGUUUUGUUUAUUCGAGGGCAAAUGGGACAGGUCAGCGCGUAUUUCACGGCAAUGAGGCCGGUCAGAUGUUGGCCAACCUCCCCUGUGCUACAAUGCAUAUCUCCGCUGUCGAGGGAUGCUGUGUGGCCAUGGGCUUGCCGUCAGAAUUACGAUCCGUACAUGCAGGAGGUUCUGUCUCGUCUUAGGGCUUUCCCAGUCAUGAUCACCCAACUCUUUCUCCAAGACUUCAAGUACUGUCCACCGCUUGCUAUUUACAAUACUAUUCAUCACUACUCACUGACUACCAUUCACUUAUUCAACUCAAGAAAACAUGAUUCAGCAAAAAACUUUAUUCCAACAUUAAUCUCUCCCAGCAAUGGAAAUAUGAUCGCUCGAAAAUCUGCUAUCCAUGAAUCCGCAUUCGCUUCGAUUUAUAGAUUCCAAGUUGACCAUCUUGCAUACAAACUUGACCAAAAAAGGCCACCGAAUCCAUCUCAUCACAACCCAUCCAAACCAUUCUAG